AUGGCUGGACCAAAGUUGGGAAACAUUUUGAGACAUGCCAAUGUUGGAAAGCAUUUGGAAGCAUUGCAAUUGUGGAACGACCCAGCUGCAUGCCGGAAGGAGAAGGAUUUAGCUUGCCAAGGCCAAGGCCGUCAGGAUUUAAGGCCUUAUGCCCUCUCAUACAGCCACAUCCUUUUCCAGCGGACCCUUAUUCAAACUGGAGGUAGCUUCAGUGACUUUGAGCGCUGGGCUGCGACUGCCAGACUAGCAGGCCUGGAGGAUUUCAACUCCAUGACUAGUCGAGAGGUUGCAAGCAACUUGACUUCUGUCAUGUCAGAGGUUGAGGCAGACAUCACUUCGAAGCUAGCUUCGGCCUGUGCGUCCUUGGGCUUGAUCAUAGACGGCCGGCAGCAAGUUCUAGGGAUAUGCCUGCGCGGUGUUCUCUGGGCUUGGCCGCGCGGUAGUUGCAGAGCAAUCGCUGAUAUGAGCUGGGUAAUCGUGCUGCUCCACAUGCUCUUGCAAAGAUUGUGGCCCUUCAACGUCUUCAGGCUGCACGGAGCUGCUACUGCCCGGCUGCCACUGAUGUCGGAGGCAGUUGCGGACGCAUCUGUUUCACAACCAGAAGAGCCCCCCUCACCACCGGACGCAGGACUAGGCGUGUGGGUGCCAGUCUCGGAGGAAGCUGGAGAAACAGAAGCUCUCCGAGGACAACAGGAGGAGCUGGAUCUCGAGCUGCAAGAGCUUUUUGAGCUAGAAUGGGAGGAGGAGGACGACGACGACUUCUGGCCAACACUGCCUUCGCAGGAGCCAAUUUCACAAUCCGAACUGGUGCCCUCCGCAGACUCUAUCUCUGACUUUUCACUGCCAAGCUCUUGCUCUGAAAAUUCUGGCGGCUGGGAGCCUGAAUCUGAUGCAGCAGCGCUGUCUGUCUGA